AUGAGGAAGCCGUUUCAGAAUGCCCAUAACCUUACUUCCAUCCUAUUAACUCCAACAUUUCACAAAAAGACGCGUACCGGACUGCGUCUGGCUCGUUUGUUGAGCACCGCUGUGCCCGAAGAAUGCUCAUAUACGGAAACUUUUUUGAGUACCACAGCUGCUCCGAGAUUGAGUAUUGCUCAGUUUGGUCCACCGAAACAGGUCGCAUGUUACUCCAGAACCUCUAUCUCUGAGUUCAGGCCAAACGACAGCAGUUCUUUGCGACGUUUUAUCGAACCUACUAUUGGCACAACUCUGACAUGGGGACUGGUUCCGUUUUUCGACCGCGACAAAGGAUCUCUCCGCCAUGUCCAUCAACCUACGCGUCUGGAUCCACUUUUGAAAGCAUGCUUACAUCCUCAUGUUAGCCGGAGUUUUCUCAAAGCCGAUGUGGUAACCACAAAGAAGGUUCUAGUCAGCCUCUUGCACGGUAUUGGAUCCUUCAACGUAUCCUUCAUUGGCGGGAAAUUGUAUAUCGACCAAUACUGCGCCGAGAAACGCUGGAAGAUCAGUGACAACGGUUACGUAGGAAGAUACGGAUUUAAACGAGCAUGUACUGCGUUAUAUGAACAAUCACGCCAGAAACAAGCCCCCCACGGUCUGAAUGAUUGGUACGGCGUUAUAUCCCGUUCCAUCGGUGGAAUAAACCUAUUAUUCGCUGGAGAGAUUCCUUGUAUCAAAGCACCUUAUACUGGUCAGCCAGAUUGUUACAUGGAACUCAACUGCAGAAAACUUGGGCACCGAUUACAGAAGGAUAUGAAGGACUGGUAUUUCCAAGCCCAUGUCAUGGGUUCCUCUGGUAUCUUCAUUGGUUACCGUGACACUGCCCAUGUGCUGCGAAAGACAGAAUUCAUUGCAACGCAGGACCUUCUCGGACGGCUUAACAUGCCGUGGAAUCCUCAAGAUAGCAUCAACAACCUUUUUCAGGUGCUGUAUGUUCUACGGAACUACUGCCAACAGAUGUUCGACCAGCGGGAACUCCGGAACGAACAUAGAAAGGAAGACAUCACAUGGCGCAUAACGAUUCGAGGAAAAUUCCUGGGUGGAUUUUCCAUCCGUGAGGUCGCCGAGAGCGAAAGCGAGCCACUGAGAAGGAUGGAUGGGAAGGUGCAGCAGAAACGUAUCGGGAUCGUCCCCGCGGCGCUCAUCAAAGAACUACAAAAACAUAUCAUGAAAGAGGCAUUCCAGUAG